UAAUACGCAGUACCAAUUAAAUACCAACAAAAAAAAACAAAAAAUAGUUGAAUUUAUCUAAACAAAGAAAAUGGAGCCCAACGAUGAAGUGGUAGAACGCCAGAAACUCGUGCCAAACGAUGUGGAAACGGAGGAAGAAGCUCAAAGCCAAAGCGCACCGAAAUCAGCUCAAACCCCUGCCUCGCCCGCGGUGCCAAACAUCAAAAUCAAAGGCAUAUCCAGUGGGGACACCACACGUAGCCGGAAUUCUGCCUCCUGUUCCAUAGAGCGUACCAUAUCCGAGAAGGACAAGGACAAGGGACAACAGCCCACUGCCACCAAGGUGACCUAUGUAAACGAGAGACGACCGCGCCCCCAGGCCCAGGGCGGCAGCGGUGGUGCUGGCGAUGAACGUUUCGAGUUCAAAACGAGGCCACGCAAAUUGCUCAAAGAUGGCGAUGCAUUGGAGCCAACACACAGCAGUGCAAGUAGCUUGAAUGCCAUUACAUUGGUGAGCAGCGAGUGGCUAUCCCCAGAUCCCACUAUCACAAACACCACCACCGCCAUCAGCACCAGCACCGUCACGAAUAACAACAACAACAACGACAGCACAAAACCCAACCACAACGACACCAGCAAUAACAAUAACAGCAAUACAAACACACCGCGAUCGCAGCGUCGCAAAACAGCAGCAGCAGCACCAGCAACAGCAGCCACAUCGAUGCCAAAUGCCAGCGUUCAUAGCGACAAAUUCGAUGAUCGUCCAAUAAAACAUCAUUCCUUUGUCUCCGAAGUGCCCGAUGUGAAGCAUAUGGAACGUGCCCUCCUUGGCCUGCUGGACGACUUUCAUUCGGGCAAGCUGAAGGCAUUCGCAGGCUCUGGCUGCACCAUGGAUCAGAUGACCAAGAUACGGGAGCAACAGGAGAGUCUGGCCAAAUUGCAUUUCGAACUGGCUGCCGCCGAGGAGGAUUCCCUGGAGCAUGGCAACGAGUUCAACACGAACAAGGCGCAGGAGAAUAUGCUGCAGCUGAUGCAGCGACUCGAACAGUUGUCCAUCUCCAUUGAGCAGUUGCAGACGAGUCACACGGGUCUCUGAGACUUGGCCCCGCCCGAAAGGGGGGACAAAUGCCUGCUCUGGCUCUGAACACGGAACACGAAAAC